AUAGACCCUUAUCCAGCUUAGAGACGAAAUAGCAAACUUGGUAGAAUGGAUUCUUCUUCACAUAAUAAAGUAGUGACCAAUGAGCAUUAGCGAGUCAAAGUUUAGUUAUGAUGUGACAAUAUAACACUAUAACCGUAAUUUCGUCCACUCAUUUCUCAUCAUACCCGCUUCAUAGUUGUCAAUAAUUUUGAAAUAUCAUAAAAUAAUACAACACAGACAAAAAAGAAACUACAACCGCCUGUUCCGUCCUGUGUAUUUUUAUUAACUAUUGCAGAUACAGCUGAAUUAAUUAUAAAAACAGAAUCAAUUAAGCGGAUCAGAGAUGUCUUCCAUAGUUAAAGGCAUGAUGAUAAGGACCACAUCAGAUAAUAGACUUUUCAAUGGGAACAAGAGUGAUGUUAUUGCAGUUGGUGGUGAUGGGAGAAGAAGCACAAAGGUGCAGUGGCAAAAGUUUCAAUUUUUGUUUAGAUCAACAUGGAAACCAGCCAGAAUAACGUAUCAGCCUUCCAUUCGAAGCCAAACAAUCCUUACACCAACAACACCACCCACCACUAAAAAGAGAGUGUUUACUUUUGGCAAAGGUAAAAGUGAAGGAAACAAAGCCAUGAAAUCCUUGUUGGGAGGAAAGGGGGCAAACUUGGCAGAAAUGGCAACAAUUGGUUUAUCUGUGCCACCUGGACUCACUAUAUCAACAGAAGCAUGUCAAGAGUAUCAACAGAAUGUAAAGAAUCUACCCAAUGGAUUGUGGGAGGAGAUACUUGAAGGCCUCAAUUUUGUGGAAAAUGAAAUGGGAGCCUUUCUUGGGAAUCCUUCAAAACCUCUCCUCCUUUCUGUGCGCUCUGGUGCUGCGAUUUCCAUGCCUGGAAUGAUGGACACAGUUCUUAAUCUUGGAUUGAAUGAUGAAGUGGUUGCUGGGUUGGCUGCAAAAAGUGGAGAGCGGUUUGCUUAUGAUUCUUAUAGACGUUUCUUAGACAUGUUUGGUGGUGUUGUAAUGGACAUUCCACACUCAUUGUUUGAGGAGAAGUUAGAAAAGCUAAAGUAUUCAAAAGGUGUUAAACUUGACACUGAUCUAACGGCCAAUGAUCUCAAACUUCUGGUUGAGCAGUACAAGAAUGUCUACCUUGAAGCCAAGGGAGAGAAGUUCCCCUCAGAUCCAAAGAAGCAACUAGAAUUAUCUGUCAAAGCUGUUUUCAAUUCUUGGGAUAGCCCAAGGGCUAAUAAGUAUAGGAGCAUUAAUCAGAUAACUGGGUUAAUGGGCACUGCCGUAAACAUUCAAUCAAUGGUGUUUGGUAAUAUGGGGAAUACUUCAGGAACUGGUGUCCUGUUCACUAGAAAUCCAAGCACUGGGGAAAAGAAACUUUAUGGGGAAUUUCUCAUUAAUGCUCAGGGAGAGGAUGUAGUUGCUGGAAUCAGGACACCUGAAGAUUUAGAGACCAUGAAAACUUGCAUGCCAGAUGCUUAUAAGGAACUUGUGGAGAAUUGUAAAAUUCUAGAGAAUCAUUACAAGGAUAUGAUGGAUAUUGAGUUUACUGUUCAAGAAAAUAGGUUGUGGAUGUUGCAAUGUCGAAGUGGAAAACGUACUGGUAAAGGUGCAAUCAAAAUAGCUGUAGACAUGGUCAAUGAAGGGCUUGUUGAUAUUCGUUCUGCAAUCAAGAUGGUAGAGCCACAACAUCUUGAUCAGCUACUACACCCACAGUUUGAGAAUCCAUCUUUGUACAAGGACAAAGUGCUUGCUACUGGCUUGCCUGCAUCCCCUGGAGCUGCAGUUGGGCAGGUUGUGUUCACUGCUGAGGACGCUGAAGAAUGGCAUGCACAAGGAAAGAGUCUCAUCUUGGUACGGACAGAGACAAGUCCGGAGGAUGUUGGGGGCAUGCAUUCAGCUGCUGGCAUCUUGACAGCUAGAGGUGGUAUGACAUCUCAUGCUGCUGUUGUAGCCCGUGGAUGGGGAAAGUGUUGUGUGUCUGGUUGCUCUGAUAUCCAAGUAAAUGACCAUGAAAAGGUGGUUGUAAUUGGGAAUAAUGUAAUAGCAGAAGGAGAAUGGAUCUCGUUGAAUGGAUCCACAGGUGAGGUGAUACUUGGAAAGCAGGCACUUUCUCCUCCGGCUCUAAGUGAUGAUAUGGAAACUUUCAUGUCUUGGGCCGAUGAAAUAAGGAAUCUGAAGGUUUUGGCAAAUGCUGACACACCUGAAGAUGCAAUAACAGCUAGACGGAAUGGUGCCCAAGGGAUUGGACUUUGCAGAACAGAGCACAUGUUUUUUGCUUCAGAUGAGAGGAUAAAGGCAGUGAGAAUGAUGAUAAUGGCUAUUACGGUAGAACAGAGAAAAGCUGCACUUGAGUUGUUGUUACCUUAUCAAAGAUCAGAUUUUGAAGGAAUUUUUCGGGCAAUGGAUGGUCUCCCAGUAACGAUUCGAUUGUUAGAUCCUCCACUUCAUGAAUUUCUUCCUGAAGGUGACUUAGAACAAAUUGUCAGUGAACUAACUUCACAGACAGGCAUGAAAGAAGAAGAAAUAUUCUCUAGGAUUGAAAAACUCUCAGAAGUUAAUCCCAUGCUUGGUUUUCGUGGCUGCAGGCUGGGAAUAUCAUAUCCAGAAUUGACUGAGAUGCAGGCUCGUGCAGUCUUCCAAGCCGCUGUUUCAGUGAGUAGCCAUGGUAUUGCAGUUCUUCCAGAGAUAAUGGUUCCACUUAUCGGUACACCUCAGGAAUUAAGACAUCAAGUGAGUUUAAUAAGGAACGUUGCUGAGAAAGUGUUCUCUGAGAUGGGCUCUUCUGUAAGCUAUAAGGUUGGAACUAUGAUUGAAGUUCCAAGAGCUGCACUAGUUGCAGAUGAGAUUGCAAAUGAAGCAGAGUUUUUUUCAUUUGGAACCAAUGACCUUACCCAAAUGACAUUUGGCUAUAGUAGAGAUGAUGUUGGCAAAUUUCUUCCUAUAUACCUAUCUGCUGGGAUUUUGCAGCAUGACCCAUUUGAGGUACUUGACCAGAAAGGUGUGGGUCAACUCAUCAAAAUUUGCACAGAAAAGGGUCGGGCUGCUAGACCAAACUUAAAGGUUGGAAUAUGUGGAGAGCAUGGUGGGGAGCCUUCUUCUGUUGCAUUCUUUGCUCAACUUGGACUUGACUAUGUCUCGUGUUCUCCUUUUAGGGUUCCAAUUGCUAGGCUUGCGGCAGCUCAAGUUGCGGUGUAAGGAGCAAUUACUAGAGUGUUUCCUGUCCAGAGCAUGACUCUCUACUGCUGCAAAUAAUUGGGAUUUAUUAUACCAUAUUAUAAAUAAAAAAAUGAAGGCUUAUGUGAGGUCGGAUAAUGCAAGAAUACUAACAUACUUAAUAGGAAAGAAAGCAAAGGGAAAUUAAAAACCUUUGCACAUAAAAUUAAAAAAAAAUAGAGAAAACAUAGUGUACAUAUAUGUUCAGACUAUCUUUUUCUUUAUAUAUAUUUUUUUACAUUAUGUUUCUUUUAUAAUUUGAUUACAUACAGUGUCUUCGAUUAUUUGGUGUAUAAGACAUUGGUGGACAUAUUGGUAUAUCUUACCAUGAAAUAUGAUUGAUUCUGUAAAAUUAUUGUACAUGUUUUAUUGGAUGAUUAAUAAAAUCUUUGAAA